UCUUCCCGCUUCAUGUCGAGAUUGAAUAGAACAGACAAACGAAUAAUCUUUGCAUCUAAAAUAAACGAAGUACUCGAGCAGAAAGUGAAGGAACCCAUUCAGGCUAUAAAUUUCUAAUUCAUACUCGUGCCUCGUUUAAUCAAUUUCCUGUGCAACACAUCACGUGGGUGGAGGGAGAAGGUUCAGGAGACUUCUAUAUGCAAAAGUCGCUUAAACUCUAACUGGCAAGAUGCUUAUCGUAAUAAUUAACAAUUUGUUAUACGCUGUGUAUUACAUCGUGUAAAGCGAUGUAAAGAGAAAAAGAGUAUAGGAGAAAGUGACGAGACGGAUUGUACGCACGAUUAAUCAUGAACAACAAGAGAAAGAGUAGUUGUGAAGAAUUUGUAAAGAGAUUCGAGCGGACGCCGAUUAAACGUUGUGUUGUCGGACAGAAACAUCGACUAUAUUAAAAAGGAAUAAGACAAUUGCAGCGAAAUGCACGGCAGUUCCGCGAGAACAGUCGAAAGGGGUGGCUGAUUUGUGGUCGCUCGUCGAAGACGACCGUCGAACGCCGGUGGCGCUCGUGCAUCCCCGAUUAUUCGACGCCCGCGCUGUGCCAAUCUCUUGACGUAGCAAGAUGGCGGCGGCGUGUCGGAGGCGUCUCCGUCCGCACAGUGCUCGACGUCGAGCAGUCCGCGUACGUUCGCAACAACGUUUCACCGUAUUAAUGUGGUAGUGCAUUCGGUGCACCAUACACGUCCACCACCACGGUUCCAUUUCGUGCUUCACGUCGUAAUAUCAUCAACAAUCAGAGAAAGAACCCGCGACAAGGGGAGGUCGCGAACAGUGUCAGCGCCGAGAAAAUUUAACACACACACACAGUUACAGAGGGAGCAAUAGUGAAUUCAAUCGGUUUUCUUUCGCAAUAAUUCUCCGAUUUUUGCUCCUUGUGGUGCGUGCUACGUUGUCUCGUCCACCCCUUAAUACCUUCACUUUUCCUCCUUCCUUUUCCCUCCGUUUUCCUUUCUCUCUUUCUCUUUCUCUCUUGUUUUACAACCCUCUCUUUUUUUUAUCUUCUACCCACCACUAAUUUGUCGCGAGCUCUGCCUCUAGCAGUCGUACAUAUAUGUACAGUACACACAUCGCGUAUACUUCGUUUCAUUUUCGUUGUUCCUCGAAUUCCCGGAACGUCGUGUCUCCUUUCAUUAUCCGUCCCGGUUUUUCUGUGAUCGUGGUGAAAUGCCCGUAACCGGUGGUGCCUCGAGACGACGACAAGGACGUAGCGCCUGUCGUUGGUGUACGGUUCCUUGACGAGCACGGUAUACGUGGAAACCGGCGCAUGCACUGCAGCCUUUGCUACUAUGAUAAUAACGAGAAAGGUGGCACGGUGGGCGCUCCUCCUGAAGCGAGAGGCGCUCGGCCGAACCUACGGUGCACAAAAGCGGUUCGAAGAAGCAUCAUCACACGGUGUAAGAGCGAUGCUGCCUUAUUCUGGCCGGAUAGAUGACAACAUCGAGACCGACACAGACACCGUGGCCACCGACCUGCACAGGAUCAGCAGCUGCGUCGCGCUGGCGCUGCCGUUGCCGUUCUCAUACUACUACCGCUACUACUACCCUCGUGCUGCUCACAUCGCCGCCUCGUUGUUAAACUCAAAUCGCCGCACGCUCGCCGACAACCACGAGGACAAACUUCUGUUAAUGUUUGCGAGAAUCGUCGAGUCGCAAACGACACAUUUCGAUUCGGCAGCAUCAUUGAUUGUGACAAAACCAAAAAAGGAGCAACAGGACGUGCACGGCGGACAGGAGAAGGAGAACGUGGUGGUCGGACCGAUAGACAAGGAAGUAACAGUGCUAGCAAAGAGUAAUCGCCUUAACCGUCAGAACGCCCUGGCACGAUUUUCCGCGUGACCAACAGCCACUUGCUGUUACAUCGUGUCGAUGGUAAUCGCCAACGCGGUUCACACGGUACCGGCUUGGUAACGGUUACGACCCCUCGUGCAUACACGUUUACGGUGAACGCGAUAGCACAUCGAUCAGUAUACCUGAUCGUUAAACCGAGCUUUCGGAUACUCAGAGACAUAUACAGGUUAGAGUAAAAGGGGAUUAAUGAAACGAAGUGCAUCCAUGCGCGCGUGAUCUUUUGUGAAUCGUGAAUUGUCAGUGACGAUAUUCUCAUAGCCGAGUGCGCGCAAACGGGUAAAUAAAUUUGUUUCGUGAGUCCGUGAAUCGUGAUCCGAUCUCGCCCGGCGUUUCGCGCUUCCGAGUUCUGUGACAUAGAGCGUCGUGCGACGACACUGCACCACCAGGGCUACGAUAGAAGACACGGAAGUGUACUACCUCGUUUUGUUAUUGGUGCACGUAUGCCAAAGUAUUAUCAAAAUAGGACAAAACUCAUUGCGAGGAAAGACACGUUGUGAAAACACGUAAUCAAACGAAAGAGACAAGAGAUCAGAAAACCUAAAGGGAAAGAAACGAACAGGAAAAGAGUGUGAUACCGAACUGCUCGUUGCAUUCGUACUCUGCCCUGAAAUUUCGAUUCGCGUAGCGCCAUAUCACGACCAUACUUAUACAUAUUGUACUCCUCUCUGUCCGAUACUCUCUGCCUCCCCUUUCCGCCUAUACUUCUGCCUUUAUCACUUUCUCUUUCUCUCUGUUCCUUCCUCUGUAAUAUUCACGUAUACAAAUAUAUAUAUAUAUAUGUAUAUAUAUGAAAGCAUACGUAUUAUAAAUAGACAUAUACAUAAAUACGAGUGUAAUAUGCGCGUUUAACCGUAUACGCGCGCGUCGUGUUCCUCUCGCAUUCACGCAUUUCUAACGUGUAGUACAGGCGCACAGUGCGAAAAACAAGAAAAUAGUAAAGUAAUAUUGGUGCGGAAAGGGGGUUGUGUACGCCGUAAUACGCGAGUGCGGUACUUUGAUCCGGCGUGUCUCGUUAUACGUGUAACUGCAUCACUUUCCUACGCAUUUCCACGCCACGUCAAGUGCCGCUCGGCCAACUAAGCGAAUUUCUCAGCGCGUUAAGCCGAUCUACUAGGAACAUCUUCGAAUAUGUCGCUGCUCAGCG